GAAGGUCGUGCGAUGUUGUGAGACUUCUCGUGUUCCGCGUUCCCACCUCGCAGUGUGGCGGCUAUCCAGGCAUCGCGACCACGACUGUUCUUCUCACCCUCGCACGCUGACCAUUACCUGCUGCUCGCUGCUGGCAUCGGAGACCAUGGACAGCACCAUGUUGUGCGCUCUGAUAGGCGCGAUUUGCACAUAUGUUUUUGUCUCGUGGUGGAAGGAUCCCCUCCGUGCCAUACCGACGAUAGGCCCCUCGCUGCCGAUAUUGUCGUACUUGGGCGCAAUCAAGUUCACGCUCGAUGCUCAGAACGUCAUGCAGGAGGGUUACGAGAAGUACAAAGUGUUCAAGGUAGCGAUGAUAGACCGCUGGGCCGUGGUGGUCAGCGGCGCGAAAAUGAACGAGGAGCUGCGCAAGAUUCCGGACGAGCAGAUGAGUUUCAUGGAUGCAGCAGACGAUUUGAUACAAACAAAGUACACCAUUGCACCGGACGUACUUGUCCACCCGAUCCAUAUUACGGCUAUUAAAGAGCGGCUCACGCGGAACUUGGCACCAUUGUUCCCCGGAAUUGUGGAGGAAGUGGAAGUCGCCCUGAACGAUAAGGUUUCUGUGAGGGGCGAUGAAUGGGUUUCCGUCCCCGCCUAUUCAACCGUAGCGCACAUCGUAUCGCGCGCGAGCAGCCGUGUAUUCGUCGGGCUUCCUCUGUGUCGCAAUGACACAUACCUGGGCAUUGCAUGCAACUAUUCAAAUGAUGUUUUGAAAGGAUGCAUGGUGCUCACGUUCUUCCCCCACUUCAUGAAGCCUCUUGUCGGCCGCAUGUUACCAUGGUCUCGACGAGCAUUCCACAAGACAAAGCCGUUCUUGGACCCGAUCCUUGACGAACGUCUGAAGCAGCUCGAUAAAUACGGUGAUGACUGGCCUGAAAAGCCGAACGACCUGCUCCAGUGGACAAUCGAGGAGGCUAAGCGCUCCGGACUCGGACAGCCGAGAAAUUUGUUCGUACAAGCCAUGCUAGCGGCCAACUUCACCGCCAUCCACACAUCGACUAUCACCUUCACGCAUGCAUUGUAUCAUCUUGCAGCAAACCCUGAGUACAUCCAGCCUCUGCGCGAAGAGCUCGAAAGCGUGAUUAGAGAAGACGGAUGGACGAAGAUCUCCAUGGGCAGAAUGUGGAAGCUGGACAGCUUCCUUAAGGAGUCGCAGCGCGUCAACGGAGUCAGUACCAUUUCGGUCAUGCGUAAGGCCUUGCAGGACGUGACGUUCUCCGAUGGUACCUUCAUCCCGGCUGGGACCUUCGUUACCGCUGCGGCGACGUCGACGCACUAUGAUGAGGAGAAUUACGAUGAACCGAACGUCUUCAAGCCAUUCCGCUUCUCGGACAUGAGGCUGACGGAUAGCGAGAAGAACAAGCACCACUAUGUCAGCACAUCCUCGGACUACAUUGGGUUCGGGCACGGCAAGCAUGCAUGCCCUGGACGCUUCUUUGCAGCCAAUGAGCUCAAAAUCAUGCUUGCGUCCAUCGUCCUGAAUUACGACGUGAAGUUUGAGAAUGAGGGAAAGCGUCCGAACAACUUCAUGCUUGCGACGACUGUCCUGCCUGAUCCCAAUGCGAAGGUUAUGUUCAGGAAGCGCAAA